CUGACAAGACACCCGCUUGAUUUCUUUUCCUGUCUUUUCUGCCUACGACUACUACUUCCUUCCUUCCUUCCUUCUUCUCUUCACUUCUCUUCUCUUCAAUAUACUAGACAUCUAGUAGUUCCGUCCAAACUUCAAAAAACCCGCAGAGGGAUAUCCUACUGAAGAUCCCCAAACGAAAAGCUCUAUUUGAAGGACAAAGCAACUAGCAAGAAAGAGACGGGACUUCAAAAAGCUUAUCGAACCACAUUUCAUCCUAUCUCAACGUCGCAAUCAACAGAUCCCAACCCCUCGGUCGCUUCAUCGCGGGGUCAGGCCGAUCAACCAAUCAACUAACCCAUCUCCCCAGAAUUCAAAUCACUGUUCGAAAAAUCGCAUAGCAUAUAUAUCAACUUACUAUUUCGAGUAUUGUCUCCACAUCAAGAGAAUUCUACUUUUCUUUUUUAAUUUUCACUCCCAAAAUUAAAUAAAAGAAGGAAAGAGAGAAACAUAAAAAAUGGCACGACACUACUACGACGACGAAGAACUCGACAUCCACAUUUCCCGCGAAACACGGAACCGCGACCCGGCCCCGAUCCCCUACCGACGACCGCAAUACCCACCCGUCCCCGCCUACCGCUACGGCACGAGCACCUACCUCACGCCCGAGAUCUCCUCUGGAAUCCGGCGCUCCAGAUCAACCGGCAAUCGGGAGCGCUCUCCCGUUUCUCCCCCUCCCCCCGCCGCCCCCGCUCCAGUCGCUCAACCAAUCAUCGUCGAUAAUUCCCGCCGCAUUUACAACGACUACGACAGCGACAGCGACAGCGACUCCUCUUCCGCCUACGAAUCCCGACGCGCGCGAAGCCGCUUGAGCGUUGGGGAAGUAGGAGGGCGACGCAAACAUCGCAGUCGCAGCCACAGUCGUCAUGUGAGUCUUUCACACAGCCAUAGUCCGUCAUCCUCCGGACGACCGAGCUUCACGCGCGAUGAUUUUGAAUUGGAGCGUACGCGCGCGGAGCUCGAGCGAAUUAGGCUGGAGAAGGAGAGGGAGAGAAGUGACAGAUUGGUUCGGGAUGGGGGGGAGCUGGCUCGGUAUAGAGCGGAGAGUGAGAGGGAGAGAAAUGAAAGAUUGUUGCGCGAGGAUAUCGAAUUGCGCAUGACGAAGGGGGAGCUAGAACGGUACAAGUCCGAGCGGGAGCGCGAGCGCGAGAGAGAGAAGACCGAGAGGUUGUUGAGAGAAGAUGUGGAGCUGCGCAUGACGAAAGGAGAAUUGGAGCGCAUCCGAUCCGAGAAAGAGAUGGAGAAGAAAGAACGCAUGUUGCGGGAAGAAUUUGAACUGCUGUCUCUCAAGGAAGAAAAGAAGCGCAUGGAGAAGGAGAAGCGCACGCAGGAAGAAAGGGAGCGGGCUGAUAAGGAAAUUCGUGAUACAUACGAGCGUAUGAAGCGAAUGGAACAGGAGCGACACGCUCGCGAGAAAAAAGAACACGAUGAAGCCAUCGAGAAAUACAAGCGAGAAGAAGCCGAGAAGGCGGCUCGCGAGCGCAAGGAACGGGAAGAAAUCAUCGAGAAGUUCAAGAAGCAGGAAGCGGAUCGUUUGGCUCGUGAGAGACACGAGAGGGAAGAGAGAGAAAAGGAAUACCAGAGACGUCUGCAUGAAGAUCUGCAUAAAGCGGGUUUGAACGAACAACAAAUCGGAGCGGUGAAAGCUGGAAAGGCUCUCCCGCCUCCACAGGUUCAGAUGCCUCCGCCGCCAGCAGUCCAACAUCCUCCACAGUAUCAAAUCCAACCUGCGGCUCCGAGACCAACGUAUACGAGAAUGUCGAGGAAGCAUUUAUCGAUUGAAACUCUGAGGGUUUAUGGUAUUUCGUAUGAAUUUGAUAAAGAGGACCCCGAAUUCCUCCUCAUCAAACGCUGGGUCCCCGAAGAAGAACAAGACAUACUCUGGACACACACCCGUCAACUGCGCGAAACACGUGUUCCAGCUCACGCCCACAAUCAACAACACACCAUCGAAUACGUCAAGGAAUACGUCGUGGAGGAUCGUCAUAAGAAGAAACAUCAUCACAAGGGUGAUGAUUUGCAAUUGGUGAUUGAGAGAAAGCAUAAGCAUAGUCAUAGUCAUAGCGGGAGUAGAAGUCCGAGUCCUUUUGUUAGGUGGGUGGCUGGGAGGUAAGGUGGAAGGGGAGGGGAUCGUGAG